CAGGCAGCCGCAGACAUCAUGGAUAAAGAGGGUGGAUCACUGGUAGAUCGGCCUCGGUCCAUUGCCGCGGCUGAGAUGCUCUCAAAUGGAAUGUGUAUCACCAUGGCUCGUUUCGGAGAACGCUUCCGGCGCCUCCGAAAAGCAGUACAUUCUCAUUUACGUCCAAAGGCGGCAGAGGCAUACCAAGAUAUGCAGCGCGAGAACGCGAUGAACUUUAUAUUGGAUGUGAAUGACCAGACGAACUGCCAGAAGCCCUCCUGUUGUUCAUCCUGA